AUUCUCAGCAGACCCCAGGCGAGCAGGUGCUGUGCUCCUCAGCAGGGGCUUCCUCCCAGCAAGAUGGCGGGGUGCCUCAGCCUGUCGGGAGUCACCAGAAACAAUAUGCCAUGGGACCCUUAUUGCCACAGGAGGCUCCAUAAGCCACCUGCCUGAACAUAAUAGCCUUGUCCAUCUGAUAGUCCCAACACCACACUUGUCAGUGAGGCUGGGCUGGUCCCCAGUGGACAGACAGCUGUGAAGGGUGAGGUCCUGUCUCUACCAAGUCCUGGGGAAGGGACAAGCUGCAGGCAAGCAGGUGUGGUCCAGGCCCCCACCCACACACUGGGGAAAACCUGCUAGGGUCCUGAGUGGCCAGGGGACUCCAGAGGCCUAAAGCCUCUCUGGCUGUGCGCUCCAGCCCCGAAUAUCCAAAGGUGGCCUGGGCUGUGGGCAGUUUGCACAAAGUCCCUGGGGCAGGACAGGUCCGGUAUGUUGCAGAGAGGGAGUUGAUGUUUGUGCUGUGGAAACGACCCCAGAUGGACCCCGGUGCCUGGGUAGCAGCCACGGAUACAGGUGCCACCCUUGGGUGGCAAAGGGCGCCAUCAAGUACUUUGAGUUGGUUGUGUUGUUUAUUGCAGUAAAAAACACAAAACACACUGUACUACCAUAAAAUGAGCUAUGUAACAAUCACUGCUAAUUCUGGGGCUUUCUCUGACCAAAGGUGCAAAGGCUCAACCACAUCUGUCACGAAUCCACUUCCCUCUGUGGAUCCCUGGGUCACGGUCAUUUACUGUCACGGAGCCCACACUUCGUCCCCUGCUGAGUCCCAUGUCCUCUGGGUCCCUCCACACUGGCUGGUGAUAGUCUUCUGUUUAGGGCUGAGUGAUGGUCUAGGCUGUGUCCCCACCACCCAGCAGACCCCCCCCCCAGCAGUGCUUUCCUUGUGGGUGUCCAGGGGACAGAGACUACGGUGGGGUGGGUAAGGGCAGACUGCGGAGACCCUGGCACAGGGAGGACAUGGCUUGCUAUUGUGUGGCAGGGAGAAAGUUAAGGAACAUUCAGAUAUCCCCGGGUAGGGAGCUGGCAGGAGCCCAAAGUCACAAGCCCCGCUCUGGUCCUGAGGGCUCCAGUCCCACACCAGGAAGUAGGCUGAGGUCAUGGGGACUGCACUGCCCACUUCCCUGUUGCUGGGACACCUUUGUCUCUGUCAACAAUGGCCCUAGGGCCUUGGCACUGUGAGCCUCUGGGAACACAGGGGCAGACAUGGAAAACCUGAGGCGGGAGGCUGCCCAGCCCUUUGUCCCCUCGGGCACCCUGGAACUCAACUUCCCCGCCCUUCUAUACAGCAAUGACUACCUGUCCCUGGAGGGUCCCCGUUGGGCACCGGCCGUCAAGCAAGCUGUGCGCUGGAAGUUCACGCCCAUGGGACAGGACGCAGCCGGCCAGGUGUGGUUCACCGGCCUGACCAACUCGGACCCCCGUGAGGCCUGGUACAUGCUGCCUGCCGCGCUUGACAGACCGUACCGCGAAGCCCAUGCGCGCUGGCACGGUUGCUUUGAGAAUCGCCAGCGUGACCUGCCGUCCGCCUACACGCAGCACCUGCGGGAGACGGCCUUCUGGGACCCCAUGCUGCCUGCGCAGUAUCUCAGCCCGGGCACGCGCUGGGGGUGCAUGCCAUGGAGGGACAGGCACAUCCGCGGCAAGGAGUUUGUGGUCAACAGGAACCAAUUCGGGGUGGAGCCCUGGCGGUCCGACUACGUUCCCCACCUGUCGCCGCCACAACGGCCGCGCUACACCUCGCAGGACUUCAGGCAACGGGACAGAGAGCGCCCCUGCCCGGCCACCGGCCAGCCGCCCCCGGCCUUCACGCCCGCGCUCUGAUAAAGCCCUGCUGCCGACCAGUGCCUCG